AUGUCAUUUCCCAAUCAAAUUGCAAUUGCAAAGGAUUACGUGAGAGUUUCAUUUGACGCGGUCUGUAGUGUCAAUAUGAUAGAUCCCUACUUGGCUUCUUAUGCUAAUGUCACAAAUAAAUCGGUCGAUGUGUUGGCUGACAUGUUAUAUGCUCUGGUUUGUCAGAAUGUACUCGAGUGUACCUUCGAUGAGGCGGUAAUGAAGAGGACCACACUCAACAAAAGUGCAAUCACUAAAGUUAAUGAAACCGCUGAUUUCUGGGGCUAUAAAUUCGUUAGAUAUGAGAUUACGCGAUUCUUAUCUCCAGAAUUUGAGGCAAACAGAGAAAUGAGUGAACAAGCUAAAAGAAGAGGAGCCAUAAAAGAUUUUGAUCGUAACGCGGAAAUAAAGCAUGCAGUUGCAAAAGCGCAAGCUACGGCAAAGAUCAUUCAUUUGAUAUCUGACGUCAUAAAAGAAUGCGAAUCUGUUCGGGCUGAAACGUUAAAGAUCGCUGACUCGUACUAA